ACAACAUUCCUGGAACUAGUUUCAGGUGCAGUACAAGUCAGAACAUAUACACAACGUAAGACACAGUUGAAUCAUGUAAUGCCUAUUGCGAUGUCAGAAAAUCAGAAAAGAACAUAAAAAGCUCAGUCAAAUACAGAUCCUCCUUCUGAGGAAUUUCCGUUUCUGCAGCUACAGUAUCUCUGCCUCACAGUUUCAGAGAAACUGAAGGUUGCUGUUUUUCAGGUUAAAUUGAGAGAUGGAUGCCAAACAAGAAAUGGAAUGGAAUGAAGCUCAGAAGAUUCAGCUAAGCGUGGAUCUUUUAGUUGCAGCAAAAAGGCAGCUUCAGUUUCUUGCAGCUGUUGACAGGAACCGUCACCUCUAUGAUGGCCCUGCCCUUGAGAGGGCUAUCUAUAGGUACAAUGCUUGUUGGCUUCCCUUGCUUGCCAAACAUUCCGAGUCUAAGAUUUUUGAAGGACCUUUGGUAGUUCCUCUUGACUGUGAAUGGGUCUGGCACUGUCACAGGCUCCACCCGGUAAGAUACAAAUCUGACUGUGAGGAGUUUUAUGGACGAGUACUUGACAACUUUGGUGUUGUCUCUACUGUUGAAGGAGUUUGUGGCAGGAAAACUGAAGAAAUCUGGAAUAAACUGUAUCCUGAUGAGCCCUACAAUGCUGAUUUGCUUAAUAUUUUCCCAGGGGAUAUCUCUGAAAGGAUUUCUAGGCUUGAAAAGUACACCAAGUAUGAUCUGAUUUCAGCUGCUAAAAGGCAGAGUCCAUUCUUUUACCAGGUAUCAAGACCCCACAUGAAAAAUGAUCUCUUUAUCAAAGAAGCUGUGGCCAGAUACAGAGGGUUUCUGUAUCUUAUCAAGAGAAACAAGGAAGAGGGUAGAAAACGCUUUUGUGUUCCAACAUAUGAUAUUGACCUAAUCUGGCACUCUCAUCAGUUACAUCCAGUUUCUUAUUGUAAAGACCUCAAUGAAGCACUUGGAAAAGUAUUGGAACAUGACGAUACAGACUCAGACAGAACUAAAGGCAAGAAAUUGGAUAUUGGUUUUUCUGGAACCACCAAACAGUGGGAAGUCACAUUUGGUACAAGAUAUUGGAAAGCUGGAGCAAUGUACAGGGGUAAUGCACCAUCUCCCAUAACAAAUAACCCUCUUUCAUCUAACACUACUUGCAAGAAGGUUGUUUCUUCGAAUGAGUACCCACAAGAAAUUUCACUACCAGAUCGAAAAGUCAUGGAGGUUCUCUUGGAGUUCGUGGGAGCUAAAAACUUACCAGAGGGACAGGAAGGAGAUAUAUUUGUUUUAUUUUCCAAAUCACAGCCUGAUGCAUUCUUUGGUGCUAAAAGAAGACUGAUUAUUUUAUCGCAAUCUAGACAGAAACAGGUUGCAUCUUUCCAGUGUGAACCUACGGGAGAGCUGCUUUUUGAACUCGCGUCCUAUUCUUCUUCCAAUUUAUCUAUAAGAAAAUCAACAAAGACAAUCGCUUCAGCUUCUUUCUCUAUAAAAGACUAUUUUGACCCAGUUUCAAAACUCCAUGUGGAGAAAUGGUUUGAGUUGGUACCAAGUGCUGGUACUGUGAGCUCAAAGCCAAUCUUGUUACGAGUAGCCAUCUCAUUUUCUGUCCCAGUUCUUGCCCCAUAUAAACUCAAAAUGACUCUAUCUCCUCCAUCUUCCAAAAACGAAUGCCUCUCCAACCCUCCUGUUAGAUCUCAACAUGCUAAUAGUUGGACACAUGUCACUGAUGAAAAUGGAAACAGAAUCAUCCGCCUUCAAAUGAGGGAUUUGGAGAAUGCAAAGAACAUAGGAAACCCUGGAAAGAAGGUUGUUGGCGUAAUGAAGUCCGGCGAAAUUCGCACUCUAGCUGAGUUUAUUGAAAAUGGGUGGUCUGUUUUGGAGAAUCUGUGGUUCUUCCACCUUCCACACAAGUGCACAAACGAUGGCCAUCUCUUUGAGCUUACUGGUGCCAAGACUUUGAAAUUUUUCGCUGGAAGAAAGCUAGAUUAUGAAGCGGGACACCAUGGAAAACGAGGAAAUGAAAUGGACUUCUUGACAGCUAUUGAAUUCUCCAUAGAAGAGCCUUAUGGGAAAGCAGUGGCAUUGCUUGACUUGACAUCUAAACAUGUCACGGCGAAGGAAAAGUGGAUGGUUCUGCCCGCAAUCAUUUUGGCUUUUAUUGCUUCUAAUGUAAUGAAAAAGGAAGAAUAUGAAGGCGUCAUUGCUAAUGCUAACAGUAAAGAUUGGAAGGUGAAUGGUGUAUAUGAGGAAAAUGGAAAAAAAGUCUUGAACGGAAUGGGGCUGAGUCCUGAUGUGUGCAGUGAAGAUGUUGGUAUAUCAAAGAAGUCUGGACUCUCCAGUGGAGGUUGUGGCAGUGGCUGUGGGAGUGGUUGUGGGAAUGCAGUGGAAAGUGCUGGCUGUGGCGGAGGCUGUGGAAUUAUGAUUAAGAGUGGUGGUUGCGGCGGUUGUGGUGCUGGUUGUGGUGGUUGUGGAGGAGGCUGUGGAAGUAUAAUUAGGAGUGGAGGCUGCGGCGGUUGUGGUGCUGGUUGUGGUGGUUGUGGAGGAGGCUGUGGAAGUAUAAUUAGGAGUGGUGGCUGCGGGGGUUGUGGUGCUGGUUGUGGUGGUUGUGGGGGAGGAUGUGGAAGUAUAAUUAGGGGUGGUGGCUGCGGGGGUUGUGGUGGUGGUUGUGGUGGUUGUGGCGGUGGCUGUGGAAAUAUGAUUAAUUAAGAGUGGUGGGGGAGGAGGAGGGGUGUGAGGAGGAGCUAGAGUACGUGAUCGAAGAAGCAGUUACUGCAUGAAACAUGCAUGAUUAUGCAUGUUAUCAUUGUAUACAUGAACGUGUGUAUAUGUCCUCAGCUUUGCUUGUCUUCCAUCAAUGUCUUUGUUGGACAGAAAAGGUAGAAAAAUAAGGAGAAGGAUUGAAUGUGUAAUAAAUAAUCAACUAAACAUAGUAAUCACUCUCAACUAUGAGUGUGUUCUUAUGCUCCUAUUUUGUGUGCAUAGUCCUAUAUACAAGGAUAUAAAAUAUAAUAAUAUAUGUGAAAUAAAUUUUACACUUUAUAAA